CGCGACCUGCCUAGUCCAGAGACAGGAGGGGAGUCGUUCUUAGUCAGGGGUAGCUACCUUUACUACCACUACGCUUGUGAUGGUUUUAAAGACCAGGGAUGGGGGUGUGGCUACCGCACCAUGCAGUCGCUCUGCUCCCACAUCCGCAUCGCCAAGGAGACAGCAGGGGAGGGAUCAUCUAAGGGUUGCUGUGGUGAUGAACCAACCUUGAGGGAGAUCCAAGAGGCACUGGUCGCGAUGCAGGACAAACCGGAGAGCUUCGUUGGGUCAAGGGAGUGGAUCGGGUCCUUCGAAGUCUCACUCUGCCUGGACUAUUUCCAUGAUGUUAGUGGAAAGAUCAUCCACCUGAGUUCUGGCGAUGACAUCCCUGGCAUUGUUCCUGAUCUUAUUCAACAUUUUAAGACCCUUGGCACACCGAUUAUGAUGGGUGGAGACAGCGAUGCUUCUUCUAAAGGAAUCUUUGGUGUCCAUCUUGGAGCUACCCAUUCAUAUCUCCUCAUCAAGGAUCCUCACUUCACUGGUCAUGCAACGGUAGAGGAACUCAUCCACAAGGAAUGGGUGUCCUGGAAACGAAGCGAUUCUUUCAUGGCCACCUCUUUCUACAACCUGUGCCUUCCGCAGUUCAGCAGUGCAUCAGACAGAUGACGACCCAAUAAAAGUUCUGCUUGAUUUACAUUCAGAUGAUGGAACUCUGAUGUAAUUUCAUAGUGAUCCAAAGCACUUCAGCAUCAAGUCACAGAGAUAAGAUCCUAGGCAACUGCUGCAUCAACGACCCGAUGAAAGUUCUGCUUUUUAGAUGAUGGGACUACUGUAAUUUCAGUGUUCCAAAGAGGUGACCACUGCUCACAGACACAGAUAGAUGACUGGCCACCUAUGCUUUCAGGAGUUCAGCAUUAUGUCACAGAGAUUAGAACCCAGGCAACUGCUCCAACACCGUAAUGUACUUGUAAGAAUUUUUCAGAUGCAAACUUGUUGAAUAAAGUGUGAAAAUCAGUGUUCAAAUCCAGACACGACACACGGCUAAAAAUGACUUCUACCCUGCAUUUGGGUGUGAAAGUAACAGCAAAGCUGUUUUGGCUGUCACACGUCAUCAUGUUCAACACGGUGCAUGAUUUUUUUGAUUUUUCCUGAUUUAAAAAAAAAAAAAAACUUUUUUUCUUCCCUGUUUUAUCAUUAUUUCCUGAUUCUCCCCUUAUUUCCACUAUUCUUCCCUAUUUUGCCCUAUUUUUUCCCAAAUUUUCUUACUCGA